AUGAUAAAGGAAGAAGGAGUAGUAAAGGAAUGCAUUAAAAAUGACCAUAAAGGUUGUUAAAUUCUUGCUGUGGACCUUUCAGAGGAAUUAAAUAAAGAAAAUGAUCAAAAGAAAUAUUACUGUGUGAAAUGUUUAAUUGAAAAAAUUGGAGUUAAAAAGAUUGUUCUAUAUGAUGAAGCAAAAAAUAAGGCAAAAUCUGUGAACGAAGAGUUAAAAAAGAAUACAGUCCAAAAACAUUAAUAAACAAAGGACAGUUUUUAAAAACUAUCAGAUGUUAUAAAAUUAAUCUAAGGAGAAUAUUAGAAUAAAUUUGAGGAUUUAAAGAAGCAGUUAGAAGCACAAAUUAAUAAUGAAUAGAAAAAAUUACAAUAAGUUGUGGAAUCUGCUACCACAGAUGAUAUUAAAUUAUUGUCAAGUUGUUAUUAGGAUGAUGGUAAAAUAGCAAGUCCUUCUCCCAAUAUAGAUUAUAAGGAAAUUACAGAAUUUUUAGUCGAAAUAAAAAAAAUAAUUUAUCAGUUUGAAAAUUUUGAAUAAUUGUAAGAUGUAGACAAAGAAAUAAUUACAAUAGAAUAGACAUGCUCAAUUAAUUUACAGAUGGAUGAAAAAUAAAAGAGAACUCCAGCUUUAAAUUUUAUAUGUGAAAGUCAUAAAAUGGAGAUUAUUAUGUUUAACUUAAAUCAAAUAGAAUUUGAAUAAACAAACCCUUUUUUAUGUGUCGAAUGUGCAUAAGAUCUUUUAACUAGAGGUAAUAAGGCUGUUGCUAAUACGAUAUCAUUGAAGAAGGCUGAUGAAAAAUGGAAUGAAUACAUUAAAGAUCAAAGCGAAAAAAGAUUAUAAAGGUAAUCAAGACUUAAUUAAGCCAUUGGACUCAUUAAAAAAUUAUAAGAAAAGUAUAAUUAGGAAUUGAAUAAAAUGAUUUAAUCCUUUGAAGACCAAUUAAAGAAAGAACCAAAGGAAUAUGAAUAACUUAUGAAAUUGAAAAAUACUAGAAUAUAGAAUUAAAAUAAACAAAGUCUUCAUGAAAUUAUUAAAAUUCUUGGUUAAACAGAUUAAUAAAAAAAAUAAGAAUAAAUUUCAAAUUAAGAAGAUUCACAAUUUUACAAUAAUCAAAAGAAAGUAAUAGAUGAAUUAAUUAAAGAAAACUUACUUGUUGAAAAUUCAAUUUAAUGGCUUUAAAACUUUGAUACAUGUAUAUUAUUAUAAUUAUUUAGAACCAAAAAAAUCAAAUGAUUCAGAAAAUGAAUAAGAAUUGGUGGAAUUUCUUAAAAAGUCCACAAUUCAGGAUUUAUAUUUAUCAUUUUUUGAAAUGUCAUUUAACUCUUUAAGUUCUUUCAAAAAAGAAGAACAAGAAUUAUAACAAAAAGGAAAACUUACAAAGUUGUAAUAAUAAGAUUUGGAAAAUCAAAAUGAAGCAUUUUAGAAUUAAUAAAAAUGGUAUAAGUUAUUCUAAGAAAACUAAACUAAAUUAGAAAGCUUUCAGAAGAUCGAUGAACUAUAAAGAACCUAAUUAUAAUUAGAUUAAUUAUUAUUAUAAGAUAAUUAGAAAAAAUAAGAGUUGAAGAAAUACUAAGAAAUUGUUGAAGAUUAGAAUGAUUAAUUAUUGUAAGCUAAAGCUAAGUUUAAAGAUAUUGAUUGGCUUUCUGAUAAAAUUGGAGAAUUAGAAUAAAUUUAUAAAAUAGGAAAACAUUCCUUUGUAAAAGGAGACACAUCAUUAUUAACUAAAAAUUACUCUUCUUAAUUAUAUUAAUAUUUAGAAAAAAGAACUAAUUAAAAAAUUAAGAAUAAAUAUUUGUUAUAUUCUUCAAAAAAUUAGGGGUUAUAUACAGAUAUUUUAAACAAAAGCAUCGAUAAAAUGUCAAAUUUAUUGAUAGUAUUUAAAUCAAAAUCUGAAUAUAUUUUUGGUGCAUUUACUCCUUGUUAAUGUUUAAUAUAAAGUGGAGCAUAUCAAAUAGAUGAACAAGCAUAAUCAUUUUUAUUUUCUUAAACCAACAAUGAAUAUUAUCCUAUUUAAGAUAAAACAAAAGCAAUUUAUUGUACAAAAGAUCUAUUAGCUUUUGGCUAAAGUGAUCUUUAUAUAUAUACAGGCUUUUAAUCUGGAUCAUCACAAUUAGGUGUAUCAUAUUAAUGUAAUCAAUAUAAUAUAUCUGAUGUAAAAAAUCGCUUAUUUGGAUCACCUCAGCCAAAUAUCACAGCAUGCGAAGUUAUCAUGUUAACAUUUGUUUGAAAUAAUAUUUAUAAUCAAUCAUAUCACAUUAUAAAA